AGGGGAUGCGGAGGGUUAAAACUGCGACAAGAAAAAGCAGCAUUCAUCCUUAACUAUUAUAAAAACAGUAAACCCCAGACUCGGGGAUGCUUUCAGGCCACAGGAGGUUUCACUUCACAGCCUGCAGAUGACGGCUUUAUUACUCACAAACGCCGGUUGAGUGUGAGGAAGUGAGGGCGAGGGUGCGGCGACUCCUACGCUGAGAGGUGCGGCCUGCAUUUGCUCCAAGUUGUUCCGGAAGGUUCUGGAUUUUUCGGGCCGCGUUCCAGCGACUGCCAGCGCCCUACUGCUAAAUUACUUCAGCACGAUCAAUAACAAAACGGCGCCUCAGCCCGCCGCAAGCAGUCAAUAUGCAUCUCCACGCCUCUAUCUUGGCGGUUGCAGAAAAUAUUUUCAAAGGCUGAAUUCGUGCGUUGAGUAUGGGCCACGUAAUUAGCGUCGGAAAAUUGCGGGUCAUUGGGACUUUAAAUGGUUAAAUACCGAAAAAUUCACAGGCGCUUUAAGAAAUAAGUGUUUCCAAGAUAUUGAAUUCAUCACAGGUUUACAAGGAACUGGAUACUUUUACCGUGGAUGACAUCCAUUUGAAAUGGCACCCUUUAAACUGAAAUUAUUUGGUUUACUGUACUUUGUACAGGGAAUGCCCUACGGAUUACAGUCCAGUUUACUCCCAAUCUACCUGCGAACAUCUGGACUCACAUUUACAAAAAUUAGCUUGACCAAGUUGUUGUAUUUUCCCUGGUUGCUGAAGAUACUAUGGGCUCCAUUUGUGGAUCAAUAUGGAACAAAACGGAAAUGGCUGUUGUGCAGCAUGUUUGGACUGUUUUUAUGCUGCUUAGUAAUGUCUAGACUGACUGCAGCUAUGGACUUCCCAGCAAUGGCUUUCAUCUUGCUCCUGAUGAACUUCUUUGCUUCAGUUCAAGAUAUUGCUGUAGAUGGCAUUGCAGUUCAUUUGCUUAGCAGUGAGGAUAUUGGCUAUGGCAAUACCAUCCAAGUUGUGGCUUAUAAAAUGGGCUCUCUUCUUGCAGGAGCAGGGCUUUUAACGGUGAUGGACUAUAUUGGCUGGAAUACGGUUUUCGUAGUAUUCUGUUUUGCCUAUGUUAUAGCUAUCAUUAUUUCCUAUUUCACACCUGAACUAGAAGAUACUUCUGAAGCAAAAAACAGAUUAUUUGUGCUGAAACCCUGCAAAAUAUUAGGAGAAGUCCUUAAAGUGCCUGGAACAAUUUGGAAUCUAAUUUAUGUCAUCAUCUACAAAUUAGGAGAACAGGCUUCUGUGAGCAUGUUUCCAAUGUUUUUAUUGGAGCAUGGUUUCUCUCCGGCUGAACUGGGCUUCUGGAAUGGGAUAGUUGCAAUGGGAUUCUCUAUUUUUGGAUCGUGCAUUGGCGGCAUACUUAUGCCUAAGUAUAAUGUGUAUUCACUUAUAACGAUCCUAUUUGUGAUGCGCCUUGGGAAUUUGAGUUUGCAGACAUUACUGUUACUUUGGUUUUACUAUGAUUCCUUCAUAGUGAAAGGUGCAGCUGUGCUAAGUAUUAUUUUACAACAUUUUCUCAGUGGAUUGAUAACAACAUUGACAUUUAGUAUCAUGAUGCUAUGCACUCAGAAAGCUGACAACAGAAUACAGGCAACCCAUUACACAUUCCUGGCAAGUUUUGAAGUCUUGGGAAAACUCACUUUCAGUGCCGUAGCUGGUAUACUUGUGGACAGGAUUGGUUUUCCUUCUAGUUUUUGUAUCUUUCUGUUGCUGUCAUUUUUAGCCUUACUGCAUGUGCUUAAUCCAACUGAAAUAUUAUCCAAGCAAAGUGAACAAUAAUGUAUGUGUGGUUUACAAUACCACAGAAAUUUGAGAUCUCUACGAAUUGUCCCCCAGAGCAAGUUUAACAUGGUCUUAAGGAAAACAUAUCACUUAGAAACUCAGUGGGGAUAUUUCUAACCACCUGGCAGCAGUGAGGACAAACUGGGUGGCAGAUAAAAUAGCAGUGCAAAAUCUCCCAAUUUUUCUAUAAUCUAAACCAGAUCUCUAUUAUUUAGAGAACUGACCUACCACCUGGUUUUUACACUGGCCUCAAUCAUUUAUGCAAAGCAGGUUCUCGGUGACACUAAACCAAGUCUGGAGCUUCUCUUAACCAAAUUGGUUUAGCUUCCUUUUUACCAACUCAGCUCAGCUGGUGAUAUCCGGCAAAUCUAAUGCUUUUUCUGUUCUCAUCCCAAUCCUGCUCUUCCAAAAUCCACCAGUAAAUAUCUCCCACCAGCAGCACCCUCAGUGUCAAAUUGUAGUCUCACAGUUCAGAAAUAAAUUUGAAAAAUUACUAAGCAAUCUUAACUUUCAUGAAACAUACAUUUCAAGUUGAGCCAUGUGUAAAAUUGUUAUUAUGUACUAGGUGAUGCUGCACAGCAUAAGUGGAAAGCAUUUCCUUUUCCUGGCUAAAAAGCAAAAUGUUCCAAUAUUUAUUUUAUGGAUUGGUUGACCAUUUUCUGGGCUCUGGAGUGGUGAGUGUGCUCAGCAGUAUUCUGUGGGUUAAAGUGCCUCACUCUGGUUAAAUCAAGACACAAAUCUGGUUGUAAAACCUUCCUAGAAUUGAACAUCUGCUAGAGCUCAUUACCGUUAAGUGUAAAGUGUCCAGUAACAUAUGAGUAACACCAAGAAACUGCUGUCCAGGAAUCAGACCGAUUGAGGAAAUAUGAACAUACGCAGGAAGGUGUAAUAAAACAUUUUACAUAAGUGUGACUGGAAGUUGAUAACUUCAUACUUGACCUCUGUAUCAUCUAUCUAAACUUGAAUUUUGAUUACAAAUGAAGAUAGAUAUUUUGUAUAUUUUUUUUAAAUGUCAGUUUAAACGUAAUGACAUCACAUGCCUUUUUCAUUUUAACCUGUUCUUUCACUAAAUGGUGUUAUUUACAUACAGCUGAAACUAGCCAAAUAAUUGCUGCUACACACCAUUCUGAUUCGUCUGUUAACUGGUUUCAUGCCAUAUGAGGGUGUACAGAUUGUGAUUACAAAAAUAUCGCACGUGUAUGUGAUACACUAAAAUUUGAUCACACUAAUUAUACAUUUGCAUUUAUUUAUGCGAUGAUUCAUUUUCAAAGCUUCAUUUCACAUAAUGUAUGCUGAUAACUAAGUUAUCACUCUGCUUUUGUAUUUCCCUGUUGAGUUUUGCAAUUUUCUUCUAAACAUGAUGUUAUCAAUGUAUACGUGGUUAAAACAUUCUUUCUCAUCCUGGAGGCAAAUUAUGUAUCCAUUAAUUCCCCAAAUGUCCUUGGUUUCAUUUCUGGAUACCAAUGUUCUCUAAUCUAUACAAAAUGAAACUUCCUUGGAAUCAACUCAAGAUUAUUUCUCAAUAAUUCUGCAGUGGUAACAUAUCUGAUUGCUAAUGACUUAACAUUGUUACAUGCCAAAUGUGUAGAAUUAGCUAUCAGCUGCCCAAGCCACCAUGAAACCUGAAUAAAAUUAAAAGAACCAGUACUACAUAAAGCUGAAGCUCUUUUGAAGGCAUUAAAAUUAAUAGCAGAAAGUGAUUUCAUACAGAAAUGUAAUCGCUAAGGUUCUGAUGACAUUAUUUAUUUAUUUGUUUGUUAAGCUGCAGCGUAGAGAAGGCCCUUUUGGUCCUUCAAGUGGCGCCGCCCAGCAAGCCCCGAUUUAACCCUAGCCUGAUCAUGGGACAAUUUACAAUGAUCAAUUAACCUACCAAACAGUACAGUUUUGGACCAUGGGAGGAAACUCAUACGGUCAUGGGGAGAACAUGCAAACUCUUUACAGGCAGUGAUGGGAAUUGAACCCCGGUCACCUGUAUUGUAACGUGUGCUAACCACUACGCUACCAUGCCGCUCUAAACCAACUAUCAACUAGAGUACUGCACUUAAAGGUACAACAUAAUAUCCAUAACAAUUCAAACAUUAAUACACAAUAACAUUGUUAAAUAUCCAUACUGUAAGAUUGAUCAAAUUAUGCUUCCCCAUUUAAUGGAGCAGGAUAUCUUAUUUGAACUGAUCUAUUCCAAAACAAACUUUAUUCUUCCACCUACAGUCCUGAGUUUCUUCUCCUGAGUUUGGAAACCUAUGUAUGCACUAAAUCCUCCAGUCUAGCAUUGGAAGUAUCCCAUAAAUUGUAGCUUGCAUAGUCUUCUCUCUAGAUUCUACCUAUUUCAAUUUUUGAAUGUGGCUUGAUGGCUUUUAACCUCCCUCUAGCUACUUAAUUUCAGAAUAUUUUGGAACAUGUUGAUUUGUUAUAUUGUAGAUUCUCCUGGGUUUGAACAUAAAAUUUCAUAUACUCCAUACAUUCAAACAAGCAUUUGGGAGGCCAACAGGAUGGAUGCCAGCUGCUGUGGGGCUGUAAGCCUCUUCUGCUCGGCAUGAGCAGGGCAGUCCUAAACGUCUUCUCUCUCCAUCACAAGUACAAUAAACAAGGGCUCAGUCCAGUCGAGCAGAGCAGGUUCACUGAGCAGACUCACUAGAUUACUAACUGAGUCAGUGAGGUCAACUGAUGACCACUCUUCCCAUGUCUCAUUGCUAUCUCCUCCCCAUACGCUGUUACUUUUCAUUUCUGACUUAUAAGUAGUAUGGGUCAUGGGCUGUUCUCAGAAACGGAAAUCAAUGGUAAUCUGGGGUCUUCCUGUAUUGUGUGGAUAAUUGAAUGGGGGAUUGGGAAAGCAUUCUGAAUAUCCCGAACGUUCAUAUUUAGCACUCCCAGCUGGAAGAGUUUGAGAAAGCCGUGUAACAAGUCAAGUCAAAUUCAAAAUAAAAUUGUUGUCAAAUUACUAACGCUCAGUGGCCACUUUAUUAGGUACCUCCUGUAACCACGAAAGUGGCUGCUGAGUUGAUGUUCAUGGUCUUUUGUUAUAGCCCAUCCACUUCAAGGUUUGACAUGUGCAUCCAGAAGUGCUCUUCUGUACAUCACUGUUGUAACCCUUCCUGUCAGCUUGAACCAGUCUGGCCAUUCCCCUCUGACCUUUCUCAUUAAUAAAGCCUUCACCCACAGAACUGUCAUUCACUGGAUUUUUUUUUUGUUUGUUUUUCACAUAUUCUCUGUGAACUCCAGUUGUGCGUGAGAAUUCCAAGAGAUCAGCAGUUUCUGAGAUAAUCAAAUCACCCUGUCUGGCACCAACAAUCAUUCCACAGUCAAAGUCACUUAGAUUACAUUUCUUCCCCAUUCUGAUGUUUGGUCUGAACAACUCAAUCAUGUCUGCAUUCAAGUCACGGCCACAUGAUUAGCUGAUUAGAUAUUUGCAUUAACGAGCAGGUGUACUUAAUAAAAAGGUGACUGAGUGUAUAUUGCAGGUGUUUACAGGAAAAUAAAAUACAAUAGAAUUUAUGAAAAUGAAACAUAAACAAAGAAAGACCACCAAUGUGCAAAA